AUGAAGUACACCAGCAUCGCUGCCAUGAGAAUCAUGGGCUGUACCCUCGCUCUACCCCAUGGUCCUCCUCCUUUCACCGGCUCCCCCGGUUACGCGCCCGCCCCAUCCAACAAGCGCCAGUCACCCACUGGUGUUCCUCCCUCGGGCUUCCCCAACGGCAUUCCCAGUGGUUUCCCUACUGACUUCCCCGCACCCACCGGUCUCCCCUUCAACAUGCACCAGUUUGACUGGGGACACUUUCACCGCGAACCUCCCUUCAACGGGCCUCCCAGUAGCUUCCUGACUCCCACUGGCACUCCUUCCUCGGAAUUACAUGCCCCCACCGGUAUCCCCGGCGGCUUUGAGAAGCACCAGUUCCCGGCUAACCUGCCCUUCUCGAUUCCCUUCUCGAAGCUCCACGUAGCUUCCACCGGCUUGCCCGCCCCUACUCGACCUCCUCCCUCGGCCUCCCCUCAGUAA